AUGGACAGCAGCGACCGCAUGUUAUGCCAUGCCUGUGGCAGGGUUUGGACAAAGGAGGAUGAUUUGACAUGCCCGUAUUGUGAAUCCGAGUUCACAGAAAUAAUUGAGAUUCCUCCAGAACUGCCUUCCGAAGGUUCCCCCUCACACCGUGCCGAUUCCCCGUCGCCUUCACGCGCCAACCCGUGGAUAGAUCACAAUCCUUGGGAACGUGACACACAAGAACGGCAAGCCCCUGGGCUUCUCGGAAGUGGCACUCCUCCAUUCACCUCCUUGCGCACAUAUAGAUCACCCGACGGCCGUUUCUCCUUCAGCAGCGCGACACUUGACACUGGAACUGCUUCUAGUCAGCGCAACAAUGGCCCGAACCCUAUGGUUCCGAUGAUGAUGCAAAGCUUCGAUACAAUUCUACAAAAUUUAAUGGAGCCAAAUCCUCGUGGAUAUAGGGGAUACGGAGAGGACCCCUUCCAUCCUCAAUCCUCUACCUCUCCCGACUGGCUUGAAGACGACCACCUCAGAGGCUAUCACCCAGGCCUAUCUCCCCGCAAUACAGAUGCACCGCAACCUAAUAACCGCAAUCCGAUGGAUAUAAAUGAAAUCAUGGACGCCAUUCGCGCGGACCUUGGGGUACAAACCAUGCGAAGCUCUCGUGGAGCUCGUGGCCUGGCAAGUCCACAUGCUCUUUCGAUCCUGUCCGCCAUUCUCAACAUGAGUCGAAACGGGGAUGCAGUAUAUUCGCAACAGGAGCUCGACCGAGUCAUCUCACAACUGCUUGAGAAUACUGGAGGGACCAGCACUGCAGCACCGCCAGCAUCUGAUGCUGCCGUUCAAGCUUUGCCGAAGAAAAAGGUUAACGAAGAGAUGAUGGGAUCUGAAGGGAAAGCAUUCUGCUCGCACCGCACGCAGUGGUCGAUCCUCGUUGUCUUCAUUGCACAAUCGGAUUUCACCACGCCGGUCCCCUACACCGGAUGA